UCGUCCCUUUUUCUUGUUCGAAUAUCAAAUUUAAGGGUUUGUUUAGUUGAAAAUCACGAUUUACAGUUUAGUUUAACAGAUUGUUAAGUGAAUGUUUGGCUUCUUUAAGUAUUUUGGGCCUGUGUCAUAAUCAAGUUAGCUUAUAUCUCUUUGUUUUUCUUCUUUUUAUAAUUCUUGUAGAAAAUGGGUGUCUUUCAAUCAAUCUGAAGUUUUUUUUAUCUUCUUGGUUCUCUUGAAGGAUCUGGAAAGUGGGGUUUUGGUCUUGAAGGAAACAAAAUAAUGAGAAGAUCAAAGGAGAACAAACCAGAUGGGCUGAGAAUGAAUGGCGUCAAGAUGGUAAAGGACAUGGGGCGGAAUCAAAGAAGGGCUCUGAGUAGCAUCAAUCAGAACAUUACAGGAACUUCCUUCCACCACCUUUGCAUGGUUAACAAGAGAGAAUUUCCAGGAAAAGAUGCACUUUGCAAUAAGAAGUCAGUUCUGGAGCAAAGACCAAAUACAAGGAGUUUGGCUGCAGAAAUGAUUAGCAACCAGCAACAGUUCCUAGAAGACAAUAAGAACAACCAAACUAAGUUGACGAUAAAGCCUGGUGGCCUGGAGGAUUGCGUGAUCAUUGAUGUGGAAGAGUUUGGGGAUGAUAUUGAUGUUAUGUCCCCUAUGUUUGUGAAGCACACAGAAGCAGUGCUAGAUGAAACUGAUGGGAUGGCAUCGGAGUUUGAAAUGGAAGAUGCAGAGGAGUCUAUUAUUGAUAUUGACAGCAGCGAUUCCAAAGAUCCGCUUGCACUUGUUGAGUAUGUAGAUGACAUCUAUGCUUAUUACAGAGAAACUGAGGUUUCAUCCUGUGUCUCUCCAAAUUACAUGGACAAGCAAUUUGACAUCAAUGAGAAGAUGAGGGCCAUCCACAUUGAUUGGCUUAUUGAGGUUCACUACAAAUUUGAGCUUAUGGAUGAAACAUUGUUCCUUACCAUCAAUCUCAUAGACAGAUUCUUAGAGCGUUGCACUGUGAUCCGAAAGAAGCUUCAAUUGGUUGGCAUGACAGCCAUGUUAUUAGCAUGCAAGUAUGAGGAGGUUUCAGUCCCAUUAGUGGAGGAUUUUGUUCUGAUUUCAGAUAAGGCUUAUACGAGGAAGGAUGUUCUAGAUAUGGAGAAAUUAAUGGUGAACACUUUACAAUUCAACUUGUCUGUGCCAACUCCAUACGUUUUCAUGAGGAGAUUUCUCAAGGCAGCACAAUCCGAGAAAAAGCUGGAAUUUCUCUCCUUCUUCCUCAUUGAGCUGUGCCUUGUUCAAUAUGAAAUGCUCAAGUUCCAACCAUCUCUGCUAGCUGCUGCAGCAAUAUACACAGCACAGUGCAGUCUUUGCCGGAUCAAAAGUUGGACUAAGACCAGCGAAUGGCAUACAAAAUACUCAGAAGAUCAGCUGCUGGAAUGCUCAAAAUUGAUGGUUACUUACCAUCAGAAGGCUGGAUCAGGAAAACUCACGGGAGUGUACAGAAAAUAUACUUCAUACAAAUUCGUGUAUGCGGCAAAAACUGAACCAGCACAAUUUCUCCUAGAUCUUUGACACAACACAACUUCUAGACGGUUGACUAUUUGUCAAGUAAUCUAAAGUUAGGAAUUGUCAGUUGCAACAUUGAGCAACCUAGAAACAGAAAACUAAAAGUCUAUUUCAGUGGUGAGGUUCUUUUAUAUUGUCCAUGCUUAGUUUUCUUGUUAUUUGGUCUUGUAUAUUGGUCUUGUAUUUUUUAAAUAAGGAGAAUACUAAUGUUACGCAGUCUGGUUUUGAAUAAA